AUGAGCAUGGAUGCCGCUCAAAUACAGGCAUGCACUAUGGACCCUGCAACUCACGGCAUAGCUCGACAAAACAAGAGGGCGGCGGCUGGCGUAAAGGUGAGAUCCACAAAUUCCUUAUCACGCAGAAAGAAUGCCAAAGGAUCUUCCCGUCCGAAGAAGGAUUUGCAUUGCCCUCAACGUGGAGUGAAACGGACGAGGCUGAAAAUUAUAUUUGAUUUUCUGUAUUUUUUUAUUGUGGAGUGUAUUAUUCUAAAACCUCUACAUGUUAUACAAGCGUGGGUAGAGGAUUACACAUCACGGGCACAACGGGCUCGUACGGAGCGGCGGUUCAUUAACAUUAUGAACUCCACAGAAAGUCUUGAUACUUGGCUUACCAAUGCAACCUACCUUGACAACCAUCGCGGAAUUCAGGCGUGGAAAAAUACGGUCCCGAACAAGGGGGAUUGUGACGCCGAGGGCCUUAACCAGGAUGCUUACUGUGCCAAGAUACUCGCGAGUUCUGAAAAUGAACGAGCCAUGUGUGAAUUUCUGCGUACACAGCUGCAUCGCACGGCGCACGGUAUGACAAACCCCUCCAAUUUUCGAUAUUACACUGGUACAAUCACCUGCGUGGAGGAAUAUAAUGAGGCUGUCGUGAAUCUUAUACGGGCGUUUGGGAGGGAACACUCUUAUAACAAGUCACCCUUGUCACGAUUUACUUCCUCUGAGGAAAGAAGGCGGUGCUCAUUUGAGGAAAGUCAUUUAUUGACUCCCAAUUCUACAACGGCUACAUUUGCUAACGAAUUUGCAGGAGCUGAUGAAAUUGUUGAUUUCGCUCCCUCUGGAGAAUCCGAUGCUGAGAGGCGUGCCGAUGACCCUACAUGCAAUUAUUUGGAAUCCAGGGCUGUUCCUUCGCUAUACCUUUCGUCUCUACUCAAUUGGGCCAUGAAACCGCAUGCCUUCGCGGAAACGCAUCUGACGGAUAUCCAGAAGCUCGAGGUACUUCAAGACACGCUACAGUCGUAUGGGCGCAGUGCUCUCAUGCUAAGUGGUGGUUCGACCUUGGGGGUUUCCCACACGGGCGUUGUUCGAGCCCUUUUUGAUGCAGGUUUGUUACCUGAUAUUAUUUCAGGCUCUUCUGCUGGAUCCCUCAUUGCCGCAAUUAUCUGCUCGAUGAAAACCGAUCAACUUAGUGAAUUAUUGACGGACUCGGUGUCGACCGUGCAAAAAUUGCAAUUUUCCCCUUUUGAUCAUGGUGAACUAUUUACAAAACUAAAGCAACUUUUACGUACUGGAGCUUUCAUGGAAGUACGGACACUCAUGGAAUGCCUCCGCAGCAAUUUGGGGGAUCUCACCUUUGAAGAAGCAUACCGUAGUACGGGCCGCAUAUUAAACGUGUGUGUGACAAGUGAACAGUACAGUGGUUCUCACAUGGAUAGGCAUAUGCUACUGAACUACAUGACAUCACCAAAUGUCGUGCUAUGGAGCGCGGUGAGUGCCAGUUGUGCCUUGCCCGGACUGUUCACGGCGGUUCAGCUUAUUGAGAAGUUACCUGAUGGUACCUUCCGACGCUUUCUUCCAGGGCAACUCUGGUGUGAUGGAAGCCUUGCUCGGGAUCUUCCGCGGGAGAGUCUCGCUUCCUUGUUUAAUGUCAACUAUUUUAUUGUGAGUCAAGUAAACCCACAUAUCAUACCCUUCCAGCAAAAGCCUGUCUCACCGCUUGUAUACAAAGAACGUCGCCCACGAAAAAUUCUAAGUUCACUCUGGUAUGGGUGUUGUCGAGAAAUUCACCGUUGGAUUUUGAAGUUGUUUAGCGUUGGACUUCUCUCUAGCACUGGACGGUGGGGACUGCUGUACCUGUUCUUGGCGCAGCGUUAUGACGGCGACAUCCUCAUUCUUCCAAUAGGAAAUGUUAUGCACGCCGUGCCGGACUAUUUCAAUAUUAUGGCAAAUCCAACUUCUGAGUACAUUGCGUUUGUCACAAGCAGAGCACAGCUGCGGACAUGGCCGCAUCUCAAUCAGAUCCGCCACUCUACGAUGAUUGAACGGGCUCUGACACGCGAACUUGGCUUGCUGAGGGAACGCAUUAGAGAUCACAAUAAAACGUUUUCCUGA